UUGAUCGCGCCAUCUCCACAAGCAGGCACAUUUCAAUGACAACCUGCAUAUGUAACACAUAUUAAUUACAGAAUAAUAGAGCCACAUAACAAUGCAACGAGGCGUUUUUGCACACAUUGCAUUGCAUGACUGGACGCAUGUUUUCAGUCCUUUGAGGAUAGGACAAUGUUGUUUGAAGCACAGAGCACGACCAGUACAGCUCAGUUCUCGGGCAUACAGUGUGAUACCGCCCCCGCGCGACGAAGCAGAGAAGGCUCUGCUGCACAGUAUGUUGCGGGUGGACCACGCAGGGGAAUACGGUGCCAACCGCAUCUACGCCGGCCAGAUGGCAGUGUUGGGAAGGUCACAGACAGGACCGCUUAUUCAGGAAAUGUGGGAUCAAGAGAAGAAGCAUCUUGCCAAAUUCAAUGAGAUCCUUGCAGAGAACAGAGUUCGCCCAACGUUGCUGUUGCCCCUCUGGAACGUUGCAGGUUUUUUACUUGGAGCGGGCACCGCUCUACUGGGUAAAGAAGGGGCCAUGGCCUGUACUGUGGCUGUGGAGGAGAGCAUCUCAGAGCACUACAACAGCCAGAUCAGAGCCCUCAUGGAGGAGGACCCAGACAGAUACGUAGAGCUGUUAAAAUUAAUAAAGGAAUUCCGAGAUGAUGAGAUGGAACAUCAUGAUACAGGACUGGAGCACGAUGCUGAAUCUCUACCCGGAUACAAUCUUUUGAAGAGUGCAAUACAACUUGGCUGCACAGCCGCAAUAUUUGUGUCUCAGCGCCUAUAAAGUGAUGGGGAUAGUGUGUUAUCCUGCUAUGCUAAGUACCGAUCCUGCUCUGUAUGCGAGGGUGCAUCCAAGCCACAGCCCACUUAUGUGCUUUCUGCCCCAGCCAAGGCCCAUGAACAGCCCACUGAACUGUUUCCGCUCCUGCCGCCCCAGCCAAGGCCCAUGAACGGCCCACUGAACUGUUUCCGCUCCUGCCGCCCCAGCCAAGGCCCAUGAACGGCCCACUGAACUGUUUCCGCUCCUGCCGCCCCAGCCAAGGCCCAUGAACAGCCCACUGAACUGUUUCCGCUCCUGCCGCCCCAGCCAAGGCCCAUGAACAGCCCACUGAACUGUUUCCGCUCCUGCCGCCCCAGCCAAGGCCCAUGAACGGCCCACUGAACUGUUUCCGCUCCUGCCGCCCCAGCCAAGGCCCAUGAACGGCCCACUGAACGGUUUCCGCUCCUGCCGCCCCAGCCAAGGCCCAUGAACAGCCCACUGAACGGUUUCCGCUCCUGCCGCCCCAGCCAAGGCCCAUGAACAGUCCACUGAACUGUUUUCUGCCCCAAUGUCGGAGGACGUGCUUUUGUCUUGACAUGAGACUACUGUAGCUGUCUGAAAAAAUCUGACAAACUUUAAUUUGGAAGUGUAAUGACCCUUUAAACUUCACUAGGCAUUGUGUGUAUGUGUGUUUCGUCACCUGUACCCCAGCUGUUUUCGGCUUCUACCGGCCCAGGAACAGCCCACUGAGGAGUAAUUUCUCACUGGGGCUAGGCCGCUGGUUCUCAGGCAGGGAGUUAUUUUCCCCUGCAUGAGUUCAGCUGAGUUUUUUUUAGAUGGGGUGGGUUUACGUAUCAGACCUGACCCUAAAGGUUAACAUGCUGUAACUCUGCUCUUUUUGUGCCCUCUGCCUUAAAAAUAGCCCCUCCUCCCCUCAUGUAAUGCACCGAGCGGGCCGGCUGGCACACACCCCAAGAUGGACAAAACUACUCAAACGUAUUACGAGUCCUAUACCGGGAACACUUUGUUUAAACCUUACCCGUCCACCCAGCGUACUAUUAGCAGUCCGCGAUGACUUAUGACGACACAAACAGAAACGCACAUGUAUGUACAGUUGAAGUUGGAAGUUUACAUACACCUUAGCCAAAAACAUUGAAACUCCGUUUUUCACAAUUCCUGACAUUUAAUCCUAGUAAAAAAUCCCUGUCUUUGGUCACUUAGGAUCACCACUUUUUUUGAACCAGACUUGUAGAGGUCUAUAUUUUCUUUUCUGAGGUCUUGGCUGAUUUCUUUAGAUUUUCCCAUGAUGUCAAGCAAAGAGGCACUGAGUUUGAAGGUAGGCCUUGAAAUACAUCCACAGGUACACCUCCAACUAACUCAAAUUAUGUCAAUUAGCCUAUCAGAAGCUUCUAUAGCCAUGACAUAAUUUUCCAAGCUGUUUAAAGGCACAGUCAACUUAGUGUAUGUAAACUUCUGACCCACUGGAAUUGUGAUACAGUGAUUUAUAAGUGAAAUAAUCUGUCUGUAACAAUUGUUGGAAUAAUUACUUGUGUCAUGCACAAAGUAGAUGUCCUAACCGACUUGCCAAAACUAUAGUUUGUUAACAAGAAAUUUGUGGAGUGGUUGAAAAACAAGUUUUAAUGACUACAACCUAAGUGUGUAAACUUCAAACUUCAACUGUAUGUAUGUAGGUGAAGUCUUUUUUUGGCAUGAUGGGAUACACAGACUGACCUGGAUUGGUUUGCUCUGUGACCUAGUCCCAUACCCCCUCCCCUCUUCCUUGGUACUAUGUUCUCAUAUACCUUUUAAUACCAUGAUAUCACAGCAUAAAGAUACAAGUGUACCUAUCUGAACAGCCAAUGAGUCUCUUUCAGUAUUAAUAAACGCUGGGCUACCCAGCGUUUAUUAAUACUGAAAUACCCAAAUAGGCUACCCAUCAUCAAUCAUAAAGUUCCAGCUUUAGCUCUUGUUGCAAAACAGUCUAUAAAUCUGAGGGUUGGACAAACAAAGCGUCUCUGCAAGCCGUGCAUUUGGCAAACGCUGCUAAUAGGCUUAUGGAUAUCUGGCAAGAGAAUUGCUAAUUAGCUACUAAUAUACACCAAUCAAAAAUACACUAUAAACGCAACUUCUUCACCUGCGGGAUCGUCUGCGACCAGCCACCUGAACAGCUAAUGAAACUGGGUUUGUACAACCAAAGAAUUUCUGCCCAAACUCAGAAACCGUCUCAGGGAAGCUCAUCUGCGUGCUCGUCGUCUUCACCAGGGUCUUGACCUGACUGCAGUUCGGCAUCAUAACUGACUUCAGUGGGCAAAUGGUCACUGGCACACUGGAGAAGUGUGCUCUUCAUGGAUGAAUCCCGAAUUUCAACUGUACCAGGCAGAUGGCGGACACUGUGUAUGGCGUUGUGUGGGGGCGAGCGGUUUGGUGAUGUCAGCGUUAUCAGUGCCCCGUGGUGGUAGAGUCGUGGUAUGGGCAGGCGUAAGCUACAGACAUCAAACACAAUGACAUUUUAUUGAUGUUAAUUUGAAUGAACAGAGAUAACGUGACGAGAUCCUGAGGCCCAUUGUCGUGCCAUUCUUCCGCCGCCAUCACCUCAUGUUUCAGCAUGAUAACACACGGCCCCAUAUCGCAGGGAUCUGAACACAAUUCCUGGAAGUUGAAAAUGUUCUUCCAUGGCCUGCAUACUCACCAGACAUGUCACCCAUUGAGCAUGUUUGGGAUACUCUGGAUCGACGUGUACGACAGAGUGUUCCAGUUCCUGCCAAUAUCCAGCAACUUCGCACAGCCAUUGAAGAGGAGUGGGACAACAUUCCACAGGCCACAAUCAUCAGCAUGAUCGACUCUAUGCGAAGGAGAUGUGCCGCGCUAUAUGAGGCAAAUGGUGGUCACAUUAGGUACUUUUAAGGUAUCUGUGACCAGCAGAUGCAUAUCUGUAUUCCCAGUCAUGUAAAAUCCAUAGAUUAUUUAUUUCAAUUGAUUUACUUCCUUUAUAUGAACUGUAACUCCGUAAACUCUUUGAAAUUGUUGCCUGUCGCGGUUUAUAUUUUCGUUCAGUGUAUGUGUUUAUGGCUUUGCAGUUUUGCACAUGGUUUCAUGUUUUUGUGCAACAAUUAGGAGUUGAAUAUCAUUGGAAUAGUGAUAAUAAACUCGUCAAAAAAAGAAACGUC